AUGGAAGGCAGCAUAGAUGAAGAAGUCACCUUUAAGGUCAAUAGUAAGCCGGAUGAUUGUGUAAAGAUGGACAGUGUCAACAUGCACAGUGACUUUAUGAACAGAGAUGACAUCAGGCCCGAAGACUCUGUGAGUCAGAGGGGUAGUAGCAGUACCACGUCAGCUAGUUGGAGGCUUCGAGCUAGGGCUAGGAGAGCUGCCUUACAAGCGGAAGUUAUGGCUCUGCAAGAGCAACAAGAGCUUGAGCUUGAGGAAAUCAAGUUAAAACAAAGGAAAGCUGAACUUCUUCUUAAAAUGAAAUUGAAGGUAGCAGAGGCAGAAGAAGCUGUUUAUAAAGGUACAGAGUCAGAUGUCAAGGUCAAAGGAAAGACUGAUCCUUUAGAACAGGACAAGACUGAAGAAUCUUGUAAGCUUGAACCUUCCAGGGACAAUUCGACGAUGCCGGCCAAGACAAAACUGACACCAACUUGUGACAAUUCUUCAACCAGUGAAAGUGAUAAGAUGAUGGGUAAGAUGCAUUCUGACAUUUUCCAUCACUUACAGCAAGGACAGAAACAACAUCAGAAGCUGUUGGAAGCUAUCACCAUUUCCACUGCCAACAUUGUGUCCUUUGAUGGUAACCCUUUGAAUUUUUAUGAAUUCAUGCGGUCGUUUGACAGCGUCAUUGGUAGUUCUUCAUUGGACAAUAACACCAAGCUACUUAAGUUAUAUCAUCUUUGUAGUGGAGCUGCCAAAGACAUCAUCCAUUGUUGUCUAAUGAUGCAUCCAGAUGAUGGAUACUUACAUGCAAGGACGCUACUGACUGAUCGAUUUGGAAAUGCCUUCAAGAUCUGUGAUGCCUGGAUCAAGAAGAUCACAGAAGGACCUGUCAUACAAAAUGAUCCAAAACAGCUGAGCGAUUUCGCUGAUCAGCUUAAGACCUGCGGUGAAACCUUGAUGGCAAUAGGAAUGCUCCGAGAAUUAAGCUGUAGGAGUGAAUUGGUAAAGAUCAUUGAACGUUUGCCAUUUCACCUGAAGAGCCGCUGGGUACGUCAUGUGAAAUCAAUCAGAGAUGUUGGAAGACAGCCUACUAUCCAAGAUGCAGUUGACUUUAUUACUGAUGCAGCGGAUGAGCUCAAUGAUCCUGUAUUUGGUGCCCUUCUUACUGGAGGACAAAAGAGCGGAAGUACUGACAAAGUAAGAACCAUGUCAGGUAGAGGUCAGGUGAGCGUAUUUACCACUUCGGCCAAUUCAUCAACUCAGAACUGCAUCAUGUAUAAUGCAAGCCAUGAUCUUUUUGGCUGCCAGGAGUUCAAAAACAUGAAUCCAGGGGAGCGUUUCAUCAAUAUUUUCAUCCGACAAGUUGUCAGAUCUGACAUCUUUCCAUGA